GCGACACUUCCGCCGGUUUCCCCCGGGGCCCUGCUCGCUGCACCCGUCGCUUCACGCCCGGCGCCCAGUCGCCUCCCCUUCGCCCUGCGCCGCCCGGCCCGCUACUCGCCCGCUGGGAGCGCGCUGGAGCCCGGCGUCGGGCCCGGGCCCCGCGGAGCCACAGGCGCCGCCCCGCCCCGCCCCGCCCCGCCCGGGCUGGAGGAAAAGGCCGCCGCUGGGUCAUGUCGUGCUCCCCUCAGCGAGGGCCGGGGAGCGUGAGAGGCGGCGGGCCUGCCAGAGAGCGAAAUGUCAUCAGUGGAAUCACACCAGGAGCAGUUGUCCCAGUCCGAUCCAUCCCCAUCACCAAAUUCAUGUAGUUCCUUUGAGCUAGUAGACAUGGAUGCUGGCAGUUUGUACGAACCAGUUUCUCCUCAUUGGUUUUAUUGUAAGAUAAUUGAUUCUAAGGAGACAUGGAUUCCUUUCAACUCUGAAGAUUCACAGCAGCUGGAAGAGGCAUAUGGCUCUGGGAAAGAUUGUAAUGGGAAAAUUGUCCCCACUGAUGGAGGCAGAUAUGAUGUUCAUUUGGGGGAGAGGAUGCGGUAUGCUGUAUAUUGGGAUGAGCUAGCUUCAGAAGUGAGACGAUGUACCUGGUUUUACAAAGGAGACAAAGAUAAUAAAUAUGUUCCCUAUUCAGAGAACUUCAGCCAAGUAUUAGAGGAAACUUACAUGCUUGCUGUAACUCUGGAUGAAUGGAAAAAGAAACUGGAGUCUCCCAACAGAGAAAUUAUUAUAUUACACAAUCCAAAGCUUAUGGUACAUUACCAGCCAGUGGCAGGCGCUGAUGAUUGGGGUUCAACACCCACUGAACAGGGUCGACCAAGAACAGUGAAGAGAGGGGUUGAAAACAUCUCUGUUGACAUUCACUGUGGGGAACCUUUACAAAUAGAUCACUUGGUUUUUGUAGUGCAUGGGAUUGGACCAGCUUGUGAUCUCCGUUUUCGAAGCAUUGUACAGUGUGUUAAUGAUUUUCGCAGUGUUUCCUUGAACCUGCUGCAGACACAUUUUAAGAAAGCUCAAGAAAAUCAGCAGAUUGGAAGGGUAGAAUUUCUUCCAGUCAACUGGCAUAGUCCUUUACAUUCUACUGGUGUAGAUGUAGAUCUGCAGCGAAUAACCCUGCCCAGCAUUAACCGCCUAAGGCACUUCACCAAUGACACAAUUCUGGAUGUCUUCUUCUACAAUAGCCCCACCUACUGUCAGACUAUUGUGGACACAGUUGCUUCUGAAAUGAACAGAAUAUAUACACUUUUUCUGCAGAGGAACCCUGAUUUCAAAGGGGGUGUAUCCAUUGCUGGUCAUAGUUUAGGUUCGCUUAUAUUGUUUGAUAUCCUAACAAAUCAGAAAGAUUCUUUGUGGGAUAUUGACAAUGAAAAGGAUUCAACAAAUAUUGUUAUGGAUCAAGGAGACAUAUCUACACUAGAAGAAGAUCUGAAGAAACUUCAACUCUCUGAAUUCUUUAGUAUCUUUGAGAAGGAGAAAGUAGAUAAGGAAGCACUGGUAAAAGUUUUAUGUUCAGACAAAGAUCUUCAGGAAAUGGGAAUUCCCUUAGGACCAAGAAAGAAGAUAUUAAACUACUUUAGGACCAGAAAAAAUUCAAUGGGUGUUAAUAGACCAACCCUACAGUCAGCUUUAGGAGCAAAUGGGUCUAACAUCCCCAAAGAAUUGGAAUUCAGCAGUGGUGCUGGUGAUACUGGAAACGAUGAGUAUUUGGACGUUGGCAUUGGGCAGGUGUCAGUAAAAUACCCCCGGCUCAUCUAUAAACCAGAAAUAUUCUUUGCUUUUGGAUCUCCCAUUGGAAUGUUCCUUACCGUCCGAGGACUAAAAAGAAUAGAUCCCAAUUACAAAUUUCCAACAUGCAAAGGUUUCUUCAAUAUUUAUCAUCCAUUUGAUCCUGUGGCCUAUAGGAUUGAGCCAAUGAUUGUCCCAAAAGUGGAAUUUGAGCCAAUGCUGAUCCCACAUCAUAAAGGCAGGAAGCGGAUGCACUUAGAACUGAGAGAGGGAUUGACUAGAAUGAGUAUGGACCUUAAGAACAACUUGCUAGGUUCACUACGAAUGGCCUGGAAAUCUUUCACCAGACCGCAAAACCCUGCAUUACAAGCUUCAGAAACUACAGAAGAAACUGAAGUAGAAUCUGAAUCAAGUUCAGAGAAGCCUAGUGAUGUUAACACAGAAGAGGCCUCUGUGGCAGUUAAAGAAGAAGACCCACCCAUUAAUGUGGGAAUGCUGAACGGAGGCCAACGUAUUGACUAUGUGCUACAGGAGAAGCCCAUUGAAAGCUUUAAUGAGUAUUUAUUUGCUCUACAAAGCCAUCUGUGCUAUUGGGAGUCUGAAGAUACAGUAUUGUUGGUCCUCAAAGAAAUCUACCAAACCCAGGGGAUCUUCCUUGAUCAGCCUUUACAGUAAAAAUGAACCAUCAAUGACUGCUUAUUAUGGACUUUGAGGGAGCCUUCCCCAGAAAACUCAUCUGUUUGUUGCUGCAGUUUUCCUCAGCUGCAUCAUUUCCUGCAUGUUGCCUGUCACUUAACCACCUUUGGGGUGCUUGGAAGAUGAUCUUUUGGAAGUGAGUGGAAAAGCAAAGGGAAGACCCUAUUACUUUUUACCACUGACUUCAUACAAACAAACAGUUUCCGUUCAUUCUUAAUAGCUGGGAGUGGUUUGCAUCUUUAAUUCUUUGAUGAUAGUAAAUGAGUACCAAACUUUAUUUUUUACUACUUGAGAUAAUAUAAAGUCUGUUUUAAGUUUGAUUUGGGUGGGUGAUUUAAGUUUGAUUUUUCUAGAAAAUUAUUGCUUACCUUAGAAAAUGUUCUAGUUUGGAAGCAGGUGAGGUUCAGAAGACAUUUUGGAACUUGCACUUCUCUUGUUGAUGUUUCUCUGCAUUUGAACGCAAAGGCUAACUGGACAGAGAAAGACUUGGACAAAUUUUUUUGAGCCAGCUUUGCUUUCUUACAAGUACUGUAUGAAGAAAGACUGAAAUGUAGCAUAAAGAGUAUUGUUUAGUCUCUCUACAGGUGACUGACAGAUUUAUUGCUAGGAAUCACUAUCCUGAUAAUUGUUUUUAUAGCUAUUUGAGUCUAAAGUGGGCAAUUAGCUUACAUUAAAUGCAUUUUUAUAAAGCAAAGAUGCUGUGUGUGUGUGUAUGUGUGUGUGUAUAUAUAUAUACACAUAUAUAUAUAUACACAUAUAUAACACACACACUCUCUCUCUCUCAGAUCUGCCCUUUUAUAUCAUACUUAAAAUUGGGAAUUGGGAGACUCUUCUGUUCUUGAAGGUGAGGUUAUAAAAACUGACAAACCUGAAAUUACACAGAACAGACUGCUUAGGUUAUAAAGUUCAUAGUGAAAUAGUUUGCUUAAGCCAUCUGUGACAUCCAUUUGGGUGAAGAUGGUUUUGUGUUGUCGGCUUUAAAAGCAUUUUGUAAAUAUCAUUGCCAUCUUAGGUGUCUAUAAUCCAGAAUCCUUAUUUAAAAGGCUCGUGGCACAGGCAUUGUUCGGUGAACAGGUAGGUUUGGCUAGGGGAAAAUGUUUCUUAUUCUGAAAGAAAAACCUAUGCCUAUAAGGCCCGAGGAACAGCUGCUGCAGAGUCAGUCUCAAAACAUGCAAAGUGACAUAAAUCUUGAUGAAGGCAAGUGAAUGUAGACUAAUUUUUUUUAAAGGCAUUUGUUCACCACUGUGCUUAUAUGUAUUUUCUUUCUCAUUGGUCGGAGUUCUCUUCGUGAUUAGUCCUUUGCACUCCUCAGAGUUCCACAGGGCCUUGUUUAUAGAGUGGCAUAGGCAGGCAAGCUGUGUUUUGCUUUUUAUGAAUGUUUUUUGUAAAUGCAUCAUGGUGUCCAGAGCACUGGCAUUUAAUAUUCAUUUAAGCCCUCUGUUAGAUAGCACCGGUCUUUAUCCCCUUCUGAAGAGAAAAGCAAAAGGAAGGUUUUUUUAAUGUCACCCUAGAAAUGGGAGAGGUAAGGCUACAUUGGAGAUCAAAGCUUGGCCUUCCUGUCCAUUUGCUUUAAGUGGCUGAUUAAGCCUCUAAGAAGUUUCAGACAUAUUCUGAGUUUGAAGUAUGGCUUAUUGAGAAUUAAGUUGCAUCUUCAAUUUCAAAUUUACUCUUCAUAUUAGCAGAAUAGGUACCAUACGAAUGAGUAAACUACAGGACAAGCAAGAACAAGUUCCUAAAACCAAAGAUGAACAACAUAACCCUGGACAGCUAGAUAAACCACAUCUUUGUACUGAGAACUGUUUCUUUCCUGGUGGGGAGGGGCAGGUAACUUAAAGAACUUUAUAUCUUGCCUGUUUACUUGUGGUAUUAUCAUGGGUGUAUAUUACAGCGGUAAUAAGCUUGAUUUAAUUCCUUUGUUUGGUUGUACAUUAUUUGCACUAGUUCAGUUGUAUCAUGUGCAAUCUCUUGACCAAGUCUAUUUUUAAAUUCUGGUGAAGCAUCAUUUUCUACAUAUCCCAGCUGCAGAAUUGGUCUUGCUUAUCUCAGCAAGAGAUUGCAUGGGAAGAUUAAUAGCACUGAUUAGCUUUCUAACAUUUUGCACUUUUUGAAAUGUUUGUUUUUUACGUGAUUAUAUUUUAAAACUUUAGUAAAUACUGAAAUAAAAUCUUAUUGAACAAUUGCCUAUUUUUACCUGAUUUCAGCUAUCAUAAGGAAAAUCAAUACAUUAACUGUUUUCUCUAACAUUUACAUUUCUUUUCCCUUGAAUAAGGUUUUCAUUAUCACAGGCAAAUGUAGUUUAGAAUUUAAAGCAUGGCAAUUACAAGGUAAAUACUGAGACUAUCCUUUGGUUGUAUAAGUGUUUUACUUACGUUCCAGUUCUCAAACAAUACUGUAAAUACAAAAUAAAAAGCACAUUUCUCAUUUUACUUUUUUGGAAUAUCACAUUUACUGAAGGAAAAAGAUACAAUGAAAAUGUUAUAUAUUAAAAUGAUGUCAUAUUUAAAGGAUAAUCCCAAUAAAGAGAAAAAGUAUGUCCCAUAGUAGUUAGAAAAAAAGAUCUCCUU